AAAGGUAGAAAGGCAAAAUUCUGCAGAAGUGUAAGCGGGAGACAGUCCAUCCCCUUCUAUUAUAUGUCAGUUUUGCCCCAUCCCCUCUUCUCCCAAAAUUCUCUAAACGCCCAAACUAUUACCUUUCUUAUUUUAUUCAAAUUUAGGAAUCGAGUAGUUCCAUUUGUUUAUUGCCUUAUCCCCAACAAAUCUGAAGAAAUUUAUAAACGUGCUUUAACUUGUGUUUUAAAUUCAAUUGGCGAGCGCCGUCCAAUGAUGUUUAUUAUUGAUUUUGAAAAAUCUGUUGAAAAUGUUAUUCGAGCUUUAAUUCCUCAAACACACGUUGCUGGUUGUUGGUUUCAUUUUAAUCAGUCAAUAUGGCAAUCAAUCCAAAAUCUUGGCUUGAAUACACGUUUUGAUCAAGAACCUGAAUAUGCUUUGGCUUUAAAGAAAUUUUCGGUUCUGGCACUGUCUGAUGUUCAGGUUUAUUUUUGUUAAAAAUUUAAAAGUUUUUUUGG